ACCUGAUUGUGUGAAGUCCUCAUUGGCUAAAUUCAUAUUAACCAUGGUGACUCGUGCAAUUUUAACGACAGUGUUAGUCGUUACGUCAUUGACUUCAGCGUUUGCGGCGCCUGCGACGGGAGCUUGUCUGUGUGUAACUACGACCGGCGUUAACGUCCGGGAAUCAGCAUCAAUCCAUAGUCACGUGGUCAUUCAAGCGACAACGGGGGAUUGUUUCCAUUAUUCCGGACACUCACUAAUUGCCGACGGACACACAUGGUACCAGCUAGCCAAUGUACACGGUCAUCAAAAUGUUUGGAUUGCCUCUGAAUUUCUGCACGUGUCGCUGGCGUCUCAAUGUACAACUGGUAGUGGCUCUGGUUCUGGUGUAUUCGCAACGGGAAUGGUUUCUCAGGAAUGCCUCCAGUGUAUUUGUACGCAAGAAUCUGGAUGCCGCCCACUUGGUUGCCAUGACGACGUUGGAACUCCUUCCUGCGGCUACUUCCAGAUUAAGGAAGUCUACUGGAUUGACUGUGGUCGGCCAGGAAACAGCUGGCCCGAGUGUGCCGCCGACAAGCAUUGCUCCUCCCAGUGCGUGCAGAACAAUAUGAAGCGCUAUGCGGCCCACGGGGGUUGCCCCUUGUCCUGCGAGGGGUAUGCCCGCAUACACAAUGGUGGCCCGAAUGGCUGCCACAAGGACGCAACAUUGGCCUACUGGCAUCGCUUACAGUCACACCCUGGCUGCAGUAACGUGCAUUAAUCAAAUGAACUGGCUCGGUAUUUACACAGUUCCUUAAAGAAAUAUUAACUUCAGUUGUAAUAAAAGUAAAACUUCAGAACGAAUUUCCUUUCCAAAGUCAAAUGUUUUAUUUUGUCAAGAAUAUUUGCUUGUUUGUUUUUUUCAGGAGUCUCAAAGAGUUCAUGCUAAUUGUGUACUUAAUUGCUUUAAAUAAAUAUCUGACUAUAAUUCCAAUCAAAAAGAAAUACAGUGUUAAACAAAAAUAUAGUUACCAUUAAUAUUUUUUUUCAAGUGUAAAUUUUAAUUUAUUUAAACUUGUUUUUAAAUAAACAUUGUGCAGAUGUAGUUUUUGUGUCAAGAUUGGUGAUUUAAGAUUUUUAUGUUUGAAAGAUUUGUUGCAAAUAAAAUAUACGCAUACUAUUUGUUUCGAUUUUAUUUGCAAUUACGCAAUAUGAAUUUUCUCAUAAAAAAUGCCGAAUGUA